AUGCCUGAACCACGUAAAAAUACUGUUUGUUCAUUUACAUUUAUGCAUUUCUAUAGCUCUUGUCUUUUUAUUAUUCUGUUCGUAUUCAUUUUCGAAAAACUCGGUAAACACAAUGAGAUAUUGAAUUCGGAGGAGCGUAUUGGUGCUAGAGUGAAGUAUAGGAAGUCUGUUGAAUUUAAAGAAUGUGUAGAAUACUAUCAAUUAGAAGAUGUAAAGUAUAGGGGCAAUUAUUGCACUUGGAGUAACAAGCAACAAGGUGAUGAUAGUAUUUACUCCAAAAUAGAUCGAGUACUUGCUAAUCAAAAGUGGCUAGAUUGUUAUAUUGAAGCAGAAGUCUUUUUUCUGAAUGAAGAACUGUUUGAUCACUCGCCUGCUUUGCUUUCGGUUUAUCAGGAAAGGAAUUAUGGGAGGAAGCCGUUCAAGUACUUUAGAAUGUGGAGUCAUGCUCUUGAUUUCAAAAAGAAUUUGGCUAAUGUUUGGAGUAGAGGAAUUCAUGGGACUGCUAUGUUUCAGCUGGUCUACAAGCUAAAACAAGUUAAGUUGAUGCUUAAAGACUUGAAUAACAAAGAUUUCCAUGAUAUCCCUAGUGCUGAAAUGAGAAUGAGGUUGAACCUCCAGGAUUCUCAGGAAGCCUUAAAGCAAGAUCCUUUGAAUAAGGAUUUAAUUCAGAAAGAGAAGGAGGCUAGAGCUCAGUGGUUAGAUCAACCUGAACAGGUUCAAGAAGCCUUUCUCGAUUUUUAUGAAGGGUUGCUGGCAACUAAAAUGAGUGAUAGAAGAAGUGUUAUAAAAGAGAUUGUGAUGCAAGGGGCUGUUGUAAUGGAAAGGCAGGCUCAAAUGCUUAUAGCAGACUAUAUAGAGGAGGAUGUGAAGCAAGAAAUAUUCUCCAUUCCUGCUAGCAAAGCUCCAGGACCAGAUGGCUAUAGUAGCUCCUUUUUUCAAGAUAAUUGGGAAAUUGUUGGCAAAGAGGUAAGUGAAGCCAUUCUUUCUUUCUUGCAUUCUGGGAAGCUUUUGAAGGAAGUAAACAGUACUGUGUUGACUCUUGUUCCUAAGAGUAAAUGCCAAAAUUUGGACCUUGUUAGACAUUACGGGAGGAAGCAUACAAAGGCCAAUUGUAUGAUCAAGCUUGAUUUACGGAAGGCCUAUGAUACAAUAGAAUGGGACUUCCUGGAAGAAAUGCUAGCUGCUUUCCAGUUCCCAAGAAAGUUCACAAAUUUGAUUAUGCAAUGUGUGACUACACCAAAGUUUUCUCUGAUGUUCAAUGGAUCACUACACGGUUUCUUCUCAGCAAAACGUGGAUUAAGAUAA